UGACGUGGGAGCGGCUUGCCACAGGGGGUGUGUCUCUUAGAACCAUCAGACACAGUUCCGUCUCCGUGGGAGACAAUAUUUAUGUCUACGGUGGGCUCCUAGACGGUGUCCCCACUGAUGACCUCAUGAUGUUCAACACAGUCUCUCUGAACUGGACCCCAGUCAAGACCACUGGCACUCUGCCAUCUGCAAGAUACAACCACACGUUUGCUGUAGUCAGUGAGCAGGUGUUCAUGUUUGGGGGAUGUGCUGAGGAUGGCUGCUACUACAAAGAUGUUCAUGUUCUCAACACGGAAACCCUGGUGUGGCAGAGGUAUGGUGUGAAGGGGGAGUCUCCCCUGGCCUGUGCAGGUCAGACCCUCACAGCACAUCAUGACAAGGAUAUUUACUUGUUUGGUGGAAAAUGCACCAGUCAGGAUGGAACAGUCACAUCAACAAAUGAAAUUCAUAAACUAAGCAUUGCUAAGAUGAAAUGGAAGGUGCCUCUCUAUGUGGGGAUUCCUCCGGCCCGCCGUCAUGACCACACAGCCUUCAUCCUUCACAGCCAUAUAUAUGUAUUUGGUGGCAAAAAUGAAGAACAAGAAUUCAAUGACCUGAAGGUGAUGAAAUUGAUUAACCCAUCCGAAAGACAGCCAGUGAUGAAGGAGAUUCUAUCUGAGUUUGGGCUUCAGGGAGUCAGCCAUGGCUUCGCGCCGACAAAGGUCCCCAAUGUCAAAUAUGAGCUGAGUGAGUCUCCAUCUCUGUUUUCUGUGAGGACGGAUGCAGCUGCCUCUGCACAGGUUAUAGCCCAAAGAGACUUCAGUGCCGUCCGAGAUGAGGCGAUGGAUAUGAUCCAUAAAGCUUUCUCCAUGCUUGAUGGAGAGUUCCAGAAGCUUGACAGAGAAAGGUCAGAGCUUGCUCAGUCUGCAGCUGCUCUUCAGUACAAGAGAGAAGCUCACCAAGCCCACCAUCAGCAACAGGAGGAGGAACUACAGGAAAUGCUUGAGCGACACAGAGCCCAGAAUGAGACCUGGCUACUUGCACGGGCAGAGGAGAAUGACAAGGAAAGGAAGGGGCUGUGUAAACUCAGGGAGGAGAUUGUGCACGAGCAGGGGAGACUGAAAGAGGAGCAGGAAAACAUCCAGAAACGCAGCGAACACCUCCUAUCCAUCAUGCAACAGUUUAAAGGCAUGUAAAGACACGUAACCAUGGCAACCAACUUGGACGUGCCGAGUUUGUGGGUGUGGCUUACUUUCCCAAGGAUGACCAACUCAAAAGCGUCUGUAAAAAGGAAAUGUGACAUUCAUUUGUGUUUUUCCAGUCGUGGGUGUGUUUGAUUGGUUAGCAUUUUGUAUAUAGCUAAGAUUAAUUGUUGUUGUCUUUUGCCAGAUAGUCAUAAUAUCUUUAGCGAGACAGGGGGAUAAUUUUGACACUGUCAAAAGAACAAACACCACUCAAGGCAUUUGUUUAAACCUCAGGAAUGGUUGCUAAAAAUUCCUAGGACAUAUCAAAAUUGGUCAUGAAAGGUCUAAGCAAAAUGUUGUAAAGCAGAAUAAUUAACUGAGUUGUAGAUUGAUGUAGCCUAAUCAUAUUCAUAAAAAUGUUGGAUUAUUUGGCA